UUGGCUUGACUGGGCGGAGUGGGCCACACCGCAGUCCGGUAAAAAAAAUCGAUUUAUAAAUCAGUCGUGUUAUGAAAAUAUUUUAAUUACUAACAAAAAUAGCGAACAUGUCUCAAGCAUUCACUAAGAGCGGCGACAAAGGUCAUGAUGAGAAAAUCCUGAUGCCUUACACAUACAUCCUGCAAGUGCCAGGUAAGCAGAUCCGGACCAAGCUCACCUGUGCGUUCAACAACUGGCUCAACAUCUCGGAUGAGAAGCUCAAGGCCGUUGGAGAGAUUGUGCAGAUGCUGCAUAACUCUAGCUUACUGGUAGACGACAUUCAGGACAACUCAAUACUUCGUCGAGGGAUCCCCGUAGCACACUCCAUCUAUGGCGUGGCUAGCACAAUCAAUGCGGCCAACUACGUCAUGAUAAUAGCGCUAGAGAAGACUUUAGAGUUAGGGCAUCCAAUGGCUACGGCGGUGUACACAGAACAGCUUCUAGAACUACACAGAGGGCAGGGCAUGGAGAUCUACUGGAGAGACAACUUCCGAUGUCCUUCGGAGGAGGAAUACAAGGAGAUGACUGUUAAAAAAACCGGCGGAUUGUUCAUGCUGGCUAUCCGCCUGAUGCAGCUAUUCAGUGAGAACAAGGCGGACUUUAGCAAAUUGUCGGCCAUCUUGGGGCUGUACUUCCAGAUCAGAGACGACUACUGCAAUCUGUGUCUACAGGAGUACUCAGAGAACAAGAGUUUCUGCGAGGACCUGACGGAGGGCAAGUUCAGCUUCCCCAUCAUCCACGCCAUCCACAACCAGGACGGCGACAACCAAGUACUUCAUAUCCUACGGCAACGCACCCGAGAUGUGGAAGUAAAGCGAUACUGCAUCGCCUUGCUCGAGCGGCUCGGCAGCUUCCGAUACACGCGCGACACACUAGCACGACUCGACACAGCUGCCAGAGAAGAGGUGGCCCGUCUCGGUGGUAACCAAGACUUAGAAAACCUUCUCGACGAGCUACUAAGCUGGCAGCGGCCCGAAGACCUCUAAACACACGUAGACCCAUCACGAUUACCGCUGAAUCAAACAAAAACACGCCUUACGCCAAUGCCGUAAGAGCUACGGAGGCAGCAGUUGUCGUGGUUGUUAAAUUUGGAGAUUUUGACAAUCGAAAUUUGAAUUUAUUGCCGCUUUGAAUAAGGUAAAAAAUCGAACA